AUGUCCGGCCGACAAGGCGGAGGUGGCGGACGCAAAGUGCUCCUCCCUCCAAUCAACUUCAUCUUCAAGCUCCUACAACAACACAGCACCGUGCAAAUCUGGCUGUACGAGCAGCUCGGCAUUCGCAUCGAGGGCAAGAUCCGGGGCUUCGACGAGUUCAUGAAUCUGGUGAUUGACGAGGCGGUCGAAGUGAAGCAGAAGUUGGAAGAGGGAGAUGGGGAUGGCAGGAGAGAGCUAGGCCAGAUUUUGCUCAAGGGGGAUAAUGUAUGCUUGAUUCAGAGCUUGAAUUAG